AUGAGUAGCGUGGCCUCAGGAUCUAGACGCCACCGCCUGGCGAACUGCCCAACGUCGGAGAAGAAGAGGGACCGCUGGAGGGACCGUCGGAGGGACCUGGCGGCGUUCGACUGGAAGCCGGAGAAGGAGCUUCUCAUCGGCAUCGACCGACGAGGCAGAGAGGAGGCGAUGUACCACCGGUCUUGGUCGCUGACGCCGUCAAUUGAGCAAGUAGCUUGGCGAUCGGCUACGGGCCCCCGAGUGGUGACGACGAACUCAUCAUAA